CAAAUGCUGUCCAACAUGGUGGGGAGAAAGAAGACGAUCCCAUUCUCUAGCUGUGCUGCUCAGAUGUAUCUUUCCCUCUCCUUUGGAAUGAUUGAAUGUGUUCUCCUUGGUGUCAUGGCUUAUGAUAGAUAUGUCGCUAUUUGCCAUCCUCUUCACUAUACUGUCAUUAUGGACAGAAACACCUGUGUCCAGCUGGCAGCAAUUUCUUGGUCUAGUAGUUUCCUGAGCUCCAUGGUUAUCAAUGUCCUCACCUUGAGAUUGCCCUACUGUGGGCCCAAUGUCCUGAAUCACUUUUUCUGUGACGUGCCUUUUGUCCUAAAACUGGCCUGCACUGAUACCUCACUCACUGAGUUGGUGGUUUUUAUCUUCAGUAUUAUCAUUGUCUUCAUCCCUUUUCUUCUCAUUGUUGUUUCUUAUGCCCGGAUCCUUCUGUCUGUUCUCAAAAUACGGUCGGCCUCUGGGAGACACAAAUCACUGUCCACAUGUGCCUCCCACCUGACAGUAGUGGCGUUAUUCUAUGGAACUGCCAUCUUCAUGUACAUGAGACCCCAGUCAAAGUCUUCCCGGGCUGGAGGCAAGAUCAUUGCAGUGUUCUACACUGUGGUCACACCCAUGCUCAACCCCCUGAUCUACAGCCUGAGGAACCAGGAUGUGAAAGGAGCUUUAAGAAGAGCUAUUGCAAAACAGAGAAUGUGA